AUGCCCCGACAACCAAAGCUCCGUCCCAAGACGAAUAUCCCCGGUCUACCAGAGAAUCUCUAUGAUCUCACCGCGGUAGCACAGUUCUCUGAACUUGAAUGCCAACAGGAAAUGGAGGAAAAACCACAACGCGUGUUCCGGGUCAAGCGCAAGCAUGUCCUUAAGGCUUGUGACCGGUGCAGGAUCAAGAAGACCAAGUGCGAUGGAAAGCAACCCUGCAACCGCUGCGCCGCGUAUAACCACCCGUGUCUGUUUCGGGAGAGAAAGGCUACCCAGACGAGGGUGUACUCAAAGGGCUACGUCGAACUACUUGAAUCCAACCUAUCCAUGGCUGUCAAAGGUCUCCAAGGCCUCCACAGAAUCUGCUCCGACAAUCACUGCUUCCCCGGCGACCCCCUACAAAUGACCGCCGACGGCCACCCCCUAACCCACGACAUCCUCGACCGAAUGGGCAUCAUAAGACAAGCCGAAGAGAGUCCCGAAGACCCGAACGAAGAGUCCGAGGACCUGCAGUAUCUACGGUACCUCUCGAGCAACUCGACCGAUAGCGCGACGACCGAUCCGUCUCCGGAGCCUGCUACGCCCUCUCAGCCGACUUCGAGUAUCUGCAGCCCUGCCGAGUCUCUGCACAAGCCGUUUAAGUGGGAGGCUGACAUGCUUCCAACUCAGGCGGAGCCACAGCAGCAGCAGCAGCAGCAGCAGCAGCAGAACUACCAGUAUUCCGGCUACUCGGGUACAGGUUACCAUACUCCCCAACAACGUCAGCAAGGCCUGAUAAUGCCCCGACUCUCCCUCGACACAACCGUCAGUCUGGGCAACGACAUCCCCUCAUGCACAAGCACCUGCACGAGUGCCACCCUCCCCUCCGCGGCAACCAGUCACCACGAUACCCCGCUCACGUCUCCGUACAUGUACUACGCGGAGGACCCAAGCACCCGCAUCCAUCCCCCGAUGAUGCUUCCCACGGGCCUGGACACGAACUCUCAUACUCAGCCUCAGCCUCACGCUCAGACGGCGACAGCUGGUCUGCCCCUUGACAUUCUGAAUGCGUAUCAGCAGCAUCUUUCUACUUUGCAGGAGCAGCAGCAGCAGCAGCAACAGCAGCCGAUGUAUGCCGCUCUUGCGACGGGCUGGACGUUUUCGUUGGAUAGAUAG